CUUCCACCAUCACAAUGAAGGCUUCUUUCUUCUCCGUCUUUGCUCUCGGCAGCCUUUUCCUUGGCGCCUUUGCCGCUCCUGCGCCGGCCGUUGAGGUUGCGCAGGUCGAGAAGCGCCAGGCCGACCUUGGUCAGGUCUUCCAGAUUGUUGAUGGCCUGUACACCAACAUCCAGACCUACACUGGCACCAUCAACGAGACUACCUCCGGCCUUGGCUCUGACGCCUCUGCUCAGAACAACCCCGACGCGGUUGCCACCCUGAAGAAGGCCAUCCAGGGUAUCACUCAGGAGAUCAAGGCGGCUACCAGGAAGGUCACCCAGCUUCCCAGUGCUGCUGGUGGCGGUGGUCUUUUGGGUGUCUUGAAGCGUGAGGAUGCCGGUGCUCUCGCUGGUCUUGUCUCCAACCUCCUUCUCGAGCUCAGCGGUGCCCUUGAGGGUGUUGUCUCGACUCUCGGUCUCGACUCUCUCCUUGGUCUCCUGAACCCGCUCACCACCGCUCUCUCCGGUCUGCUGCUCGGUCUUGACAAGGUCGUCGACCAGGUCCUCAACCUCGUCAAGGGUCUGCUCGACGGUCUCCUCGGCGGCGCUGGCAACGGUCUUGCUGGCGGUCUCACCGGUGGUCUCUCCAGCGCCCUCUCCGGCGGUCUUCCCGGUGUCCUCUCCGGCCUUGCCCUGUAAAUAUGUUGAAUUUGUGGAGGAUUUCCGGUGCCUGAGAGGCACGAGUUAUGAUUUUGGCUUCUUGUUCCGAUAACUUUGAGAG